AUUUAUCAUUGUCGUCGAUAGUGUCCAGUUUAAAAUGUAGCGUACACGUGUAGUUCCUUCAGUUCCCAAUUCGUAGAAAAAAUAAAAAACGAAUCGCAUUAGAACUACGAUGGCUAGUGCAACUAUAAAUAACAGUGCUCCACAAGUGCAAAUAAAAUUUCUUACCAAACAGGAACAAUAUGCUGUUCCAGAUUUUCCAUUAUCAGUGCACACAUCCAUUGUACCCAAUGAAUUAAAUACCCUUGUGAAUGAACUUUUGAAAGAGUCAACUGAGGUAAAGAAUAACAUAGAAUUUGAUUUCUUAGUAUGCUCUCAAUUUCUGCGCACUUCAUUAAGCGAACACAUACUAGAGAGAAAUAUUUCUACAGAGGAAGUCAUAAUUGUUGAGUAUGUUGAAAAAUACCCACCACCAGAGCCUCAGGAUUGUCUUAUACAUGAUGAUUGGGUUUCCGCAGUUGCUGUUUGUGAAAAAUGGAUUUUAACUGGCUGUUAUGACAAUACAUUACACAUAUGGACAUCUAAAGGGAAACAUCAUCUGGUAAUUCCUGGACAUACUUCACCUAUUAAAGCAGUAGCAUGGAUUUCUUUGACCAGUGACAUGGCCACUUUUGUUAGCGCCUCUCAAGAUCAGACAGCUAUAAUAUGGGAUUGGAAUAUUACAAAGAAUUCAGUAGAUUGUAUUCAUGUAUGCAGAGGACAUGAACGUGGACUAGAAGCUGUUAAUGUUAAUUAUGACAAGACAGUGAUGGCAACUGGAGGAUGGGACACAAUGCUUAAAAUCUGGUCUACAGCGAAUCAAGAUGAAAAUGAAGACGGUGAAUCUGCUUCAAAAAGGUUGAAAUCAGAACAUGGUAAAACAAGGAUACCUAAAAGAACGAUGAAAGGUCACAAAGAAGCCAUCAGUGGUGUAGUAUGGUCAGAUAAAACAGAAAUUAUAACGUCGUCAUGGGAUCAUACAAUCAAAAUAUGGGAUUCAGAACUAGGAGGAAUCAAACACGAACUAGCUGGGAACAAGAGUUUCUUUGACCUCGAUUAUUCAAUAUUAAGUCGCACUGUCAUUACCGCAUCAGCUGAUAGGCAUAUCAGAUUAUACGACCCAAGAUCUACAGAGGGAACACUUGUGAAAACAAUAUUCACGUCCCACACACAAUGGGUACAAUCCAUACGAUGGUCGCCAGUGGACGAAAAUCUUUUCAUUUCAGGAGCAUAUGAUAACGAGAUGAAGCUUUGGGAUACCAGAAGUCCUAAAGCGCCGUUAUUUGAUCUUUCCGGGCAUGAAGAUAAAGUAUUGUGUUGCAAUUGGUCGAAUCCCAAAUUUAUGGUAUCCGGAGGUGCAGAUAAUACCGUAAGAAUAUUCAAAUCGAAACAUAUUGUUCGUUAAUAGCGAAUUGUUACGAAAUCUUUACACGUAAUAGAAAAAUGAAAUAUUGUGCACAAUGCAAAUUAAUAACAGUAAGGUUUUUUGAUCAUCUGAAUAUUUAUUACAUUCUAAAUAAAUGUGAUCGUUUAAAAGAAAUGGAGAUGUAUUGUCAUCGUGAAACAUACUAAAUCACAAAAUCAUGCACUCAGUGUAAAAUAAUCAAAAAAUAUCGAAUCAAAUUCUAAACUGCAACAACAAAACUCAAAACUACGUAUAUGCAAAUUAAGAUGAUGUACAUGAAACAAGUACAAAAUAUUUUCGUACAAAUAAAUAUAUUUAAC